AUGUACUCCGAGCGUAUACUGACGAGCAUCAAAUUCACGUAUAGAAGUAAUAACGAUUACAGUCUUCAACUUACCCGUUGGUUUCUAAUGCCGAUCGCAGCUUGGCCACGAACAACUACAUCGACGAUGAUGGAGAGGGUCUCCCUACAAGCACAUGUUCUCGCUUGCUCGUCCCUGAUAGCAGUCGUUAUGGUACCAUGCAUGUUGUACGUGUCAUUGGAAGAAAAAGAUGUCCAGAUGAAGUUAAACGCGAUGGGUCCGCUAAGCCAUUGGAUCAUGGGCACGAUUAAUUAUUGGUUGCUCCUUACGAGCAGCGACAACAUCCGCGAAUGUGUGCAGCACAUGGAGAUGGACUGGAGGCUGGUUCGCAAGACCGACGAUCAGGAUGUAAUGUUGCGAUACGCAAAGAUCGGCCGCUUCGUCGCCGGAUUCUGCGCGAUAUUCAUGCAGAGCGGAACGUUCCUCUUCACCGUGGCCAAGGCGAUGACAUCUAUGAAUGUAAUCAUCGGUAACGAAACUAUGUCGGUGCACCCGAUGACCUGUCCGAUAUAUAGCAAAUUUAUAGACACAAGAUUCAGCCCCGCGAACGAGAUCAUGCUGGCUGUAGAGUUGCUGUCGUGUUUUAUAGUGAACUCGAUUACAGUGGGUGCUUGCAGCCUCGCGGCAGUUUUCGCAAUGCAUGCUUACGGCCAGCUAAGUAUGCUGUUCGCAUGGUUCAACGAUCUCGUCGAAGACGAGGAUAAGGGAAACAGUUUUGCCGAAAAGAAGCUGGCCACGAUUGUGGAGCAUCAUUUAAGAGUGCUGAGUUUUAUAUCGCGAAUGGAGAAUGUCAUGCAAAACAUCUGUCUUGUGGAAUUGGUGGGAUGCACGAUGAAUAUGUGUUUACUUGCGUAUUAUUCUAUUACGAAUUGGAGUGAUUUUGAUGCCGCAAGAAUAACAUCGUAUAUUAUCGUAUACGUAUCUAUGGCUUUCAAUAUUUUCAUAUUUUGUUACAUCGGCGAGAUUCUCACAGAACAGUGCAAAAAUGUCGGCGAAAAGGCAUAUAUGACUAAUUGGUAUAAAUUACCGCACAAAACUGCUCUUGGUCUCAUUUUGAUAAUAGCGCGAUCAAGUAAUGUUAUCAAGAUUACCGCUGGAAAAUUAUUUCAAUUGUCUAUCGCAACUUUUGGUGAUGUAAUUAAAACUUCUGUGGUAUAUUUGAAUAUAUUACGAACGAUGACUCCCACUACGUGAGUUACAUACGUUAAGUUCGAACAUAUAUUUUUAUAGAACAAAUGCGAUAUAAUAGAGAAAUAAUAGCGAUAUAUUGAAUAAAUAAUAAAUUGCAAAUAUGUAUAUAGAUAUAUCCCUAGCUGUAUACACU